CAGGGAAGUAAUUAUCAUCUCAUGUCCUGUUUCAUAAUAGCAAGAAAGGAAACAACGAAACGUUGUAAUUUCCCUGUACUUUGGAUCUAGUCGUAAAUCCUAUGUAAAACAAAUGGCUGGCAUAGAUCCAUUCUUUGUCUUCCACAGAGAAGAAACUGAAAUGAAGUUGGAAACUGAUGUCACAAUUCCAAUGUCUGAGCUUCCGCCAAAUGCUGUUACCUUUGAUUGGAAUUGUCUUACGGGGGUGAUCAUUUGUGGGGCACACGUGGCACCGUUUGUUAAGAGAGGGAUGACCACUGUUAUGCGAAGACCCUCGGCAACAUCAAAUGAUAUACGCAUAGGAAACCACAGAUCAUCCAGCUACACCACCCCGGGGGACUCCCCACCAUCCAGCCCCGUUCAGACAGGAAGUCGUUCCACCAGGGCCUGCUGCUUUUGUUGGUGCUGUUGUUGUACUUGCUCAUGUUUAGCUGUAAAGACGGGAAACGGUUCACCAGGAGGGUCACGUGACAAAGCUAUUACUGUUCAGAAACAGGACGAACCACCAACACCGGAAGAAAUCCAGAGUUGGGGAGAGUCAUUUGACAAACUCAUGAGGAAUUAUGCUGGAAGGAAAGUGUUCAGAGAAUUUUUACGUUCAGAAUAUAGUGAAGAAAACAUGUUAUUCUGGCUAGCGUGUGAAGAAAUAAAGAGGGAAGACAACCCGGAAGUUGUAGAGGAGAAAGCUAGAAAUAUAUAUGAAGAUUAUAUAUCUAUAUUAUCACCCAAAGAGGUUAGUUUAGAUUCACGAGUACGAGAAGUUAUAAAUAGGAACAUGGUUGAUCCUACUCCAAAUACAUUCGACGAGGCCCAAUUACAAAUAUAUACAUUAAUGCAUCGAGAUUCUUACCCUCGUUUUUUAAAUUCUCAGAUAUAUAAAAAACUGCUACAGCAGAUCUCUUAAACUUAGGAUUUUCCAAUUACCUUUAUUGUGUUGCAUCAUGUCUACUGUGAGACGAUGACGUCAUGGAAGUGGCGGAAGAGGUGAUGUGUGAAAACGUGUUAGUGCAAUAUAUCUGGUUUUGUAGUCACGUGACGGACCACUGGUACUUCCUCCUUACCAUUUACAAAAAUGGCAACCUACGAGAUCAGCAGGAACGAUAACCCAAAGAGAGAAAUAUAUAUAUAUCGUUAUGAUUUACAUAACGUGGUUCUACUUAUAUAUACACAAUGUGGCUCUUUUUCCAUAUCCUCAAAUCGAUAUGAUAUUUUUCUUACCUAUCAGUGUUGUCUUGUUCUAGGAAUUGUGAGACGUGCUGAAUAUGAUGACAGUUAGUAUUUUCCAAUAGAUAGUUUAGUAAUCGUCUGUUGCCCUCUCGUUAACUAAUCAAGCUGACAGUUGGAGGAAUGGAGUGUCAGAGAAAUUCAUAUAAGAGAUAAAAAGAAAGUCAACAUUUGUAUUUAUUUAUGUUCAUAUCGAAACUGCAGCAGAGAAUUCCAUGAAAAUAGUGGAGAAUUACAUCUUAAAUCUGUUUGCCUUUAAGACACAAUAUAUUUCCUAGGUAACCAAACCUUUACAUGAUCAGAUAUCCAGGUAUAUCUUUCUCAUUCCUUAUAUAUUUUUAUUUAUUCCAUAUUUCGAUUUUUUCUUGCAUACGUUACAGGUACAAAAGUUUGUAUAAUGUAUUCCAGUUUUUCCAUAUAGUAAAUUGACUGGUUAAUUUGCUCUUCAACUCUUGGGGAUUACUUAUGUAGUAAGGAUUAUUUACGUGUCUCGGAGUAAUAUAGAUUUAUUACCUAAUCUACUAUAAAUUGAUAUUACAUAUUUUUAUCUGUUUUUCAACUUUAAUCUGCAGAGAAAGGUACACAAAAUGAGCAGGGUGUGAAACGUUCAUCACGUGACUAUUUUCCGGUCACAUGACGAACUGUUUGUCGAUCACAUGACAAACUAUUUCCCAUUAGCAGAUUAGGUAAUAAAACAAUUAUUUCAUGCGUACUCGGGUACCAGUCAAAACUAUUGCCCCUCGGUAGUGGUAAACAUCUAGGAAACUGUUUUCCGCGGCCUACGGUCACUGAGAAGUUUUCUGGGUCAUCGCCACUACCUCGGGACAAUAGUUUUGACUGUUUCUCGAGUAGGCAUGGAAUAAUUGUGUACUGCUGCAUUGUAAAUCCUCAAGAUUUUCUCGUGCAUCAUUUCCCAAGUAAGCAAUUAAAAUUCAUUAAUUUAAAAAGUCAAUGAAUUUCAGGGGUUUCCGGAAACAUGUUUACUUACACGAGAAAUAUCCAUCUAGUUAAAAUCACUGAUGUGGAUAGGAUAGUGUUUGAACCGUUAUAUACUGUGAUGAAUUCGUUAUUAGGGAUAGUAUUCUAUAGAUUGUGCAGGUUUUUGUUGGACUUAAAUCACUAUAUCUGCGUAUAUGUCUUAACGUUUUAAACAUGAAAAUGUACAAAGAUCAAUGAAGUUAUUGCGAACUAAAAUGAAAAUCUAUCGUCUAAAGCUUUACAACAAUCUGGAACUCUCACCAAAAUAUGUACAUUCUUCUCGACUGAUGUUUGGGAAAUUCAAUUGAGCUUGGGGCCAGUUGCACAAAAGUUAGUUGGAUUUGACUGUUUGUUAAUUUACCAUUAACUCAUAAAUCUAUAUAGAUUUUACUGAAAGUUAAGUGUCAGUUAAGCUUAACUAAUUAUUGUACACUGGGUCCAGUUGUGACAAUCCUCUAGUUGAUUGCAAUUUAACUCUACAUUUUUCUAUCUAUCCAUUACAGUCGUCAGGAUAGACGGUCUAAGGAUUAAUCACAAUGUAUUAUUUUCGUGUAUUGAAAAAAUCAGUAGAGUUCAAAACUUCAUGGACGUAAAUAUAACAUAAAAAUCAUUCAUUCAUUAACAAUAUGUACUUACCUAUCGUUUGGAUAACUUUUUAAAACAGCUCAGUUUUGUUACUGCUGAAUGGAGAUUAAUUUCCUGCAAAGUAAAGAAAACAUUAGCGUUAAAUCAUUUUGUAAUUUAAACCUGAAUCUUUGUUAAUAUUUUAUAGCGACACAGGUGUAAUUUAUAAAGGUUAUAUUUCAUAGAUUUUUGUUCAUUUGGAAAUGUAUGUUUUGUACUUGUUAUUACCAGAUAUUAUCACAUGACCAACUGUAUUUAUCGUACAAUGGAUACAAAGUGCGGCUCAUUUGUAUUAUGUUGCAUAAUAUAUAGGAAUUAAAAUCAACGACUAAGACAAA